AUGUGUGAGGAAGAGCGUACUAAACACGCAAUAAAUCCUAGGCAAUAUCACCCAAGCAUUCGUUUGGUGUGUAAUACAGACCAGGAAGUAUACGUUCGGUAUGCUAUACUCUGUGAAAGCACAAUGCUAAGAAAAAUGGUUGACAACCCGGCAUUUAUUGAGUGCGAAAACAACACAAUUAAACUCCCUAUUAACUACCGGUGUUUACAGAGAAUAGUAGAAUAUCUUCAUUAUAAAUAUAAUUACAGACAAAAUAGAAUGGAAGUACAGGAUUUUAAGAUAGAAGACCAAGAAUCACUGGAUCUAUUAGAAGUAUCUGCAUUCCUUAGAUUAUAAUUCGGGCUAUAUAUAGAUUUAAGA